CGCUAAUUGGUGUCCUCGACAGAGGCAGCGCAGAGGGUAGAAUCCCAAGGAGUCAGUGGAAGUGGGUGGAAGCGGCACUGGCCGACCGCUGCUUCGAACUCCUCGACAAAGACCCUGGACCUCCGCCAGUCUGCAAGGACAUGGGGUGGUUCCAGGGCAAUGUUAAGAUAAUUGCCUGCGAAGACGAGCGCUCUGUAAAGCUUUAUAAAGCGGCGGUAGCGCAGGUCGGCGAGGUCUAUGCUGGGGCGAAACUCGUCGCAGUCGACUGGAGCGAGGUGCCCAGCAGACCGAGGGCCAGAAUUUGGGUGCCGGCUACCUUUAAGGAGCCAGAACGCAUCCUCAAGAUGCUGCAGAGAUGCAACCCAGGACUACCAACCUCAGAUUGGAAGGUAGCCAAGGUUGAGACGACACAAGGGCCGACUAACCAGGCAGUGCUCGUUCUCAAUAAAGAGUCGCUGGCCCCGAUAGAGGCAGCAAAAGGAGAGCUAAACUUCGGCUUCAGCUCGGUCACCAUCAAGGUGUACAAAUCGGACGCGGCGGCCGCGGCGCUUCCUGUCGUCAACCCAGACGUGCAGGAUGUCGCUGCGGAGAUCGAAGCGCCUGACGACGAGCUGGAGCCAGACCAGGAAGGCUUCUCCUCAGAGACAGAGCUGAUGCUCGACUUUGAGUCAAUGUGCCGAGAGAGAGUCUCAGAUGACUCGGACGCGGACAUCACGGUGGUGGAGAAUCUUGAAGAUGGUCCUAAGGAUCCUUCAAAUAAAUCUCCACCACUGUAAAGCAGCAUCGGCUGCUCUCAUACUCCGCCUAGACGCAAGCGGAGCCGACGUAGUCCUGAUCCAGGAGCCUUGGGUGGUAGGAGGCAAGGUCUGUGGAUUGGGGACGAGGGAAUACAAGAUCAUUGUAUCCCAAAAUGAAGGUAAAAUCCGUACCUGCAUACUUGCUAGAAAGCACCUAAAUAUCUUUCUGCUCCAUAAUUAUAGCGAUGGCGAUAACACGGCGGUAAGCCUAGAACUAAAAGGGAAUCAUCUCAGGCUGGUGGCGUCCUAUAUGGCCCACGAGGAGGAUGAUCCUCCGA